AUGGGCGACAUCUCAGGAAGCAGAGCGAGCCGGGUGGCAGUUGCAGUUCCUCAGCAGCACUUCUCUGUGAAGCCGGGGAGCUGUGCAGCACGAGGCGAGCCUCCUGCUAUGCCGUUGGAGCGUCCACGGCUUGUGCCAGCUGUGAGAUUCCAGGAUUAUCCCUUGAGCAAGAUGCAGAAUAUGUAGAAGGAAGAUUUCAGCAACAUGAUUGAACAGUAUAGAAACAGCAGUGACUCCUCUGCCUUCACUCACACCAACACCAUGAGUACCAUACUGAUUACUGCCUACUCAGUUGCCUUUGCGGGAGGUGGGAUUGGGUCCAUCACAAUGUUGUUUGUCCUGGUCAAGAUGAACACUCUGUCUGUGACAACUACAGCCAUCAUUAACCUGGUUGUUGUGCACAGCCUCCUGCUCUUCACGGUGCCCUUCCGUCUGCACUACUACAUCAACAAGAAGUGGAUAUUCAAGAUGCCAGUUUGCAAAAUGGUAAGUGCAAUGGUGCACAUCCACAUGUACCUGACCUUCCUAUUCUACGUGAUCACACUGGUGAUCCGGUGGCUCAUCUUCUUUCAAUGGAAGGACAAGGUGGAGUUUUACAGGAAGCUGCACGCCAUUGCAGCAAGCGCUGCCGUGUGGGUCUUCGUCAUGGUCUUUGUGGUGCCAGGCUUUUACUUUGAGUAUGGACGCUCAGGCGAAUACAAUGAAACCACAUGCUUUAAGUUCCACAGAGAGCUACAGCAGGAGAGCGUGAAAGCCCUGAACUACACCAUAAUUGUAGCUGUCACCUGCAUUACUUGUGUCCUCUUGGGCCUGCAGAUUUUCGUCCUGGUAAAAGUGGUGAGAAAACUUUCCACCUCCCUCUGGUCACACCAAGAGUUCUGGGCCCAGCUGAAAAACUUGAUUUUCAUCUGCGUCAUCAUAAUCUGCUUCCUUCCCUAUCAUCUCUUCAGGGCCUACUACAUACAGCAUGUCAAUGAUUUUGAACAGUUAGAAAGCUACAAUGAAGUUUUUCUGAGUCUGACUGCCCUCAGCUGUCUAGACCUGCUGUCAUUCGAGCUGAGCGGGAGCCGCCUCUUCAAGCAGAAGGUGGGCACCCUCCGCAGCAGGCUGUCUUGUUGCUAG